AUGGCAAGUAAGCGUCUUUCUAACUACCAGAUUCUUGAGUGUAUAUUAGAAGACGACGAAGAAAGCAUCAUAGAUAGUCCCGAUGAAGAUGAGGGAGACGAUGAAGUGAUCCAGAGUGACCACAACUCAGAAUCUGAAGAAAGUGCCAAUGAAACCGAGUUAGAAUGGAGUGAUGACGAUAAUGAACCGCUGAGUAGACACGCAAGUAAAGAUUCUGAUAGCUUUUAUUUAUCAAAAAAGAAAUGCACAAAGUGGGCAAAAGAGCCGCCGCGUACUAGCGUUCGAGUUCGUAGACACAAUAUUAUGAGGGAAACACCAGGACCUAAGGGAGCAGCCAAGGAGAUACAUACAAUGUCAGAAGCAUUCUUUUGUAUGUUUUCAAUGGAUACUGUCAAUUUAGUACUGCAACAGACCAACGAUUACAUAAAAUCGAUACAAGGAAAAUUUCAACGCGAACGUGAUUGCAAAUUCCUAGAAUACGAAGAACUUUUGGCUUACCUAGGUUUGCUUUACAUGUCUGGUGUGCUGCGUUCAUCUCACUUGAACUUCAAAGAUCUGUGGGCUACCGAUGGAACAGGCAUCGAGUUUUUUCAAAACACAAUGUCAUUCAACAGAUUUCUUUUUAUAUCAAGAUGUGUUCGUUUUGAUGACAAAAAUACUAGAUUUGAAAGGCAAAAGACAGACAAACUAGCAGCAGUCAGAGAGUUCACUGAUUUGAUGAAUAAUAAUUUCAUCAAUAAUUACUCUGCAUCUGAAAAUGUCACCCUAGAUGAACAAUUACCUGCCUUUCGAGGAAGAUUUUCUGGUGUUGUUUAUAUGCCCAACAAACCCACGAAGUACGGCAUAAAGCAUUAUGCACUCGUAGACUCGGCAACAUUUUAUUUACUGAAAUUUGAAAUUUAUGCUGGAGUACAACCUGAGGGUCCAUAUCGAAUGCCUAAUGAUACAUGUCAGAACAAAUGUGACUAUAAUAACGUGGCUUCAUAA